AUGCAAACCUUCAAGGCCCUCAUCUCCCUUCUCCUGACUGCCAGUCUUGCAGUCAACGCGGAGACAACAUCCUGCGUUACCUCAACCAAGGCCUUUCCUACCAUCACCUCCAUUAUCGUCGAACCGACCAGCACUUGGUCCGGCAAUGGCACAUGUGGCGGUCCUCAUACCGUGUAUACCACUGAGUAUCACGAGUUCUGCUCCACCGGUCUGCGUCUGCACACGUACACCAUCACUGAGGCUUGCCAUAAGGAAAAGUGUCAGCCUCGCACUACUGGUGUUCCGCCUGGUUUUACCUCAACUGUUACUGUUUGUAACUCUUGUGGCGAGAGGCCUAUCACUGCGACGCUUACUGUUCCGUGCCCUGAGGCUACGGCUACCAGGGGCCCUGGCAAGCCUCCGGUCAAGCCACAGCCUGUUCCAUCUGCCCCUGCUGUGAAGCCAGUUCCUACGGGCCCUCAGCCAGAAGAAUGCACUACGUGCGGCCCCAAGCCAACCAAUCCAGGCGAGGACAAGGCAGAGCACCCCAACUCUCCUGCAUGCACCACUUGCGGCGGAUCAGGACAGCCGUCUCAGCCCCCUGCUCAGCCCAACCCUCCCGCUGCAUGCACUACUUGUGGUGCUGGAGGAGAAGCGCCUCAACCCCCUGCCUCCCUGGCAACCUCUGUUAUGCCCGGCCCCUCCGGAGAGAAGCCGGGAACUAGUCCUACCAGCCCAUCUCCUGGAGCUCCAUCUGUCAUCACUGCUGGCGCUGCCAAGUCUUCGUACGCUGAGCUGGGUCUUCUUGGAGUCUUUGGUUUUGGUUUGAUUCUGUUAGGAGUUCCUCUCUAG